AGGGAUGUAAUACACAAACAGAAAUGGGGAAGCAGUGAGUACAAAACUUACAGUCCUAAUCACUACUGCGCACAAAAUCCAGACACAGAUCUCAAGAUGAAGUUUUUGCUGCUGGUGGUGAUGCUAAAAGCAUGUUAUGCAAGUCCUCAAGAUCUGUCAGGUAAAAUGUUCACCUUCCCACAAGAAACCAACAGAGCUCAUGUGAGGAUGAAUAUAUCGAGUCAGGAUUUGGCCGCUGCAACUGUCUGUCACAGGUCCUUCACAGACCUCAAAAGAGACCACGUCCUUUUCUCUUUGGCCACACCCUCUAAAACCAAUGCUUUUCUGCUUUUCUGGGAUGAAACAAAUAAAGAGAUGGAGCCACAUAUCCUGGAUAGAAAGUCAGAAUAUCGAGGGCAGGACUACAAGCCGAACAUGUGGCACUCUGUUUGUACCACAUGGGACUCUACGACUGGACUGGUGCAGCUGUGGUUUGAUGGACAACCUUCAAUUAGGAAAUUCAUCACCUCUGGAACAAACAUCAGAUCGUCUACUAUUAUAACUAUAUUAGGACAGGAGCAGGAUGCCCACGGUGCGGGGUUUGACCUUAAACAGUCUUUCAUUGGUAUGAUGUCUGAUGUCUACAUGUGGGACUACAUCCUCUCACCCUGUGAGAUCCACAACUACAUGGAUGAUCUACAGUUCACUCCAGGGAAUGUGCUCAACUGGAGGGCGCUGGAGUUCCAGAUUGUAGACAGAGUGCUAAUUGAAGAUAAACUACAUAUCUGUAACUAAACUUUUCAAACAAUACCAUCUAUACUUUAGGAGUAAAAAAAUCAUACUUUCUGUGCUUUUAUGUCCAAUGUCAGCAAUUUAUGUUAAAUCAUCGUUUAGGAUAGGUUUUGAUUUUUUUCAAUACAGUAAUCACAUGAUAGACUUAUUUUGGUCGCUCAGAUCAUUUUACCUGUCCAUACCAUGAAAUGACUCCUCCCUAACAUGACUUUGGUGUAGAAAAAGGGGUACAAAAUCCAUAGUCUUCCUCCUGUUCAAAGUUCAGCUAAAGGUAAUAAUGAGUUACCCAAAUGAAGUUGGUUUUAACACCAUCAUUUUCAAUAAAGUCAUUCUAUGGUGGUACUUUACAGCCAGUAAAGUGCUCAAUGUGUUGUAUGUACAGCAUGCAUGCAGUAAAAAUAGAGUAUAUGUUAAGUUUACUGUGUUGUUGAACAGCCACAGACAGGCAGCCAAACAUGACAACAUGAUACAAAUUCCCAGUUGGUAAGGUAGUAUACCUACCACAUGGUCUUGGUUUUCUCCAUGGUCCAAUCUUACUGCCUAGAUUGUUUUUUUUGUUGUUGUUAUUUUUAAUAUGUUAGUCAUAACAACUGUAUGGGGCAAUAAUUAUUAUUAAUUCGGGCUGUUGAUCUGUAAGGUUGUUUUCAAGGUCAUCUGCCCCCUACUGGCCAAACAUGACAAAUGCAGCUCAAUUGCACUCAUCUUGGCACUGUUCUAUUUGUUUUUUGAAAUAAACAAUAUCUUCACUCAA